AUGUCAUCAAGGGAGGAGUUGGUGCGUGAGCGGCUACUGGCGGAGUUGUCAACGUUGCGUGAGAGGCACGAUGCGCUUCGGGCACAAGUCGGGAAGCUUCAAGGGCAACGUGGCUUGCCUGAUGACUCUCCAGUACGAAGGGGCAAGAAAAACAACACCCCACUUGGACAGGCUGACCGCGAUGCCAUUGAGGCGUUUUUCAAUAGCUCCGAGGAUGACUUUACAAAAGAGUUUAAUGAGGGACAGGGAAGGCUUCAGCGAACUGAGCUGCUGGAUAGGUUGACUAUGCCCUCGAGGGGCGGGUAG